CAUCAUCUGGAAGUUAAACUCAUCUCAAUUCUCAACCCACACAGAAGAGAGAGACAGAGACAGAGACAGAGACGGCGAUCAUUGCCCUCUUGAAGCUGAUGUGCGCCAGUCUAUUUUUAAGCGAACGAAUCAUUGAAGAAACUCAUCUGGGUCAUCACUGAUCAGCGUCUCCCGCAAGGUAAAGUUGCUCCGUUCGCUCGGUUCUUCUUCCCCCGUUUCGAGUUAAGCGGCGGCUAUGGUGAAGUUCAGCGAGGGUGGUUCGCCGGCGAGGGUGGUCAACAAUAAAAUCUACGUGGCGGUGGGGAGGGACGUGCAGCAAAGCAAGGCGACCCUCUCGUGGGCAUUGAAGAAUUUCACAGGCGACUUUCGCGUCGUCCAUGUUCAUCAGCCGAAUCCAUCUGUUGAACUCUGCCCCGCAGCACGCCCGUUUUAUGGUAGUGGAUCCAAAAAUCCCCAAGAACUCGCAAGGCAAGAGAUGGGCAGCAUUCUGGAUGAGUACAUUCACAUGUGUAACCAAGCUAAGGUUCACGCUGAGAAAAGAUUCGUUGAGAUGAAAGAUAUAGGAAAAGGGAUUGUGGAACUCAUCAAGCAGCGUGCCAUUACAAAGCUUGUCAUGGGAGCAGCUGCAGACAAACGCUAUUUUGAGGGGAUGACAAAACUCACAUCCACAAAAGCAAAAUUUGUAAACCAGCAUGCGCAUCCAUCUUGUUACAUCUGGUUUGUCUGCAAUGGGCACCUAAUCUGCUCAAGGGAAGGUAAAUUAAACACUUUUGAUAUGGACAUCACAUCAUCGGGAAUGCAAAGUAGCUUUGCUGUUGAAUCUGGACUGCAAAAUGUGACGAGUCCUCAUGGUUCAGUUCAUUCAAGAUCCAACUGUAGUGAUGACAUCAAAUGCGAUCUAACCUUGGUCCAGUAUGCAAGGGGUGGGGGGACCAAUUAUAUUUCUGAAUCAACUUCAGUGCGUGCAGAUGAAGGCUACAGUCAAGAACAAGGUCAUACUGAACUGCUUAGAGUACUUGAGAAUAAAUACAACGAGCAGCUAAGAGUGAUAAAAGAUCUUGAGGAAUCGCUAGCAAAAGAAAGGGAAAAACGCAAAUCGCUGAAGCAUGAGUUUAAGGUGCUGGGCAAUCUGUACGAAGAAGCUCUGAAAGCUAACUCCAAUCUCUCGCCUUACCAAACCAGCGAACCCUCCGGUGCACAUGGACGGGACCUCAUUCCUGAGUUUUCUCGGGCCGAAUUACGGGCAGCCACUGACAGUUUCAAUCAAUCGUUGAAGAUCAAGGAAGGGGUGUAUUGGACCACUUACAGAGGUUCACUUCAUCGCACGCAGGUGGCCAUAAAGAUGAUAAAAUGCGACAAUUACCUUCAGGCGGUUCAACUUGCGACUAAGUGGAGGCAUCCUAAUUUGGUAACACUCAUUGGAGUCUCCCCCGAGGCUAGGGCUCUCAUUUAUGAGUACCUCCCGAAUGGCAGCGUUGAAGACCAACUCAGCGCCAGGGACACCAGCAACCAUCUAUCUUGGCAAGCUCGAAUCCGUAUUUGUGCAAAUACAUGUGCCGCUCUUAUGUUUCUUCACUCUUGCUGCGGUAUAGUGCAUGGCGAUCUGAAACUGGGAAAUAUUCUUCUUGACUCCAACUUUGUGGCCAAAAUAAACAACUUUGGAUGGCAUUCUGCACCAUCUCAUUCCCCCACGACAGGAGAAUUGUCUUUUGCCUCUGAUGUUUUCUCAUUUGGUCAUGUUUUACUGAGGUUACUCACUGGGAGGUCGGACCUGAAUUUAGAUGAAGAGAUGCAAGAUGCGUUGGGUGAAGGAAAGCUACCUGACGUGUUGGAUCCUACAGCAGGGCACUGGCCGGUCGAGCAAGCCACAGAGCUGGUAGUCCUGGCAUUACGUUGCUGUGACAUCGACAGCGAUAAUCUACCGGAUCUUGAGUCAGAGGUGUGGCCACUACUUGGAGAGAUGCAAACCAGUUGUGAAGCCUCUCCAUCCAGUCGGACUGAUCCAGAAGAGCCCAGCGAGCCUCCGGAGCAUUUCCUUUGUUCAAUCUCCGGCGAAAUCAUGCGAGAUCCUCAUGUGGCGGCAGAUGGUUUUACUUACGAAGCAUCGGAAAUAAGACGCUGGCUUAGCGACGGCCGCGAUACUUCGCCCAUGACGAACAAUCCGCUUUCGACCCUCGAUCUUUUCCCGAACCAGGCUCUCCGUUCAAUGAUUCAAGAGUGGCGGCAACGCCACAACCUUUAAUUUUGGCAUUCGAGUGUGAGUAUGCUAAGAGAAUGCUGUGGAAUGCUGCAUGGAAUCCAUUUCAGCUGCAUCUCCAUGUCCUGUAAAUGAGAUCAUAUCGUGGAAACUUACAAGGACACCGAAGAGGUGAGAUGGCUCAAGUGAAACGGAACUCCAAUGGGAUGUUUUCUUUGGACCAUCAAUUUGUACAAUUUUGGUAAUAAACUUUAACUAAUGUGCAAUAUUAUUAUUAGACUUUUAAUUUGUUCGA